GUGAUCACACCCGGACUACCGUGUCAACUUUCAAUUCCACAAAGUGUCAACGCUGUCGGUAGCCUGUAAAAUAAUUCAGGUCUAAGAGGAUAGGCUCAAAGUAGUCCUACAUGCAUGUGGCUAACGUUUCGAGUAUAGGUUUAACUAAACUGAACUAUCACUUUGUCGCCCGUCUGCUACGAAAACCGAAGCGUUUUGCGACUUGCAAUGGCUCAUCUUCCAAGUCUCGACGCUAAAAUUGUUAUAGUUGGCUGCGGGAUCUCCGGGAUUGGUGCUGCGCUGAAACUCACAAAGUAUGGAUUUCAGAAUGUCCGUAUUGUCGAGGCCACGGGAAGGAGCGGUGGAAGAGUACGAACGGGCAGACUUGGUAGCAACAUUGUGGAGAUCGGCGCCAACUGGAUCCACGGCCCAUCUCAGGAGAACCCUGUGUUCCGGCUGGCCUGCCACUACAGCCUGCUUGACCCAGAGUCCAUGACGGAGGAGAACCAGGCGAUGGACGUGGGCGGCCAUCCUCCCUUCGUGCCCAGCUUCCUGCGCAGCUCAGGGGGGACUGUGUCGGCGGAGCGUUUGGUGCCUGCCUUGGAGCUUUUCUCCCGGGUGCUGGAGCAAAGCCAGGGCUUCAGCCAGGGAGGGGAGCCCGUGGCCAGUGUGGGGGGGUACGUUAGGGCAGAGCUGCCGCGCCUGGCAGAGGAAGAGUGGCGUGGGGAGGAAGCGGGCACGCGAGACCUGAGGAUGGCGCUGGCCACCACCCUGCUGAAGGUGGAGUGCUGUGUGAGUGGAACACACAGCAUGGACGAGGUGGGGCUGGGGGCGUUUGGACUCUACCAGACACUGCCUGGACUAGACUGCACCUUCCCCAGGGGCUUUGAUGGGCUGAUCGACUGCCUCAUGAGUGAGCUCCCGAAGGGUGUGGUCUCCUACAACACACCGGUUCGCUGCAUCCACUGGUCCGACGGGAGCGGAGCAAGCGACACACACUCUGAUACACACCCUGUGCGGGUGGAGUGUGCCAAUGGAGAGGUCUUUCCUGCUGACCAUGUUAUUGUCACUGUUCCACUGGGUUACUUGAAGAAGCACCAUGGCACUCUGCUGAGGCCCCCGUUACCACUGCACAAGCUGCACUCAGUGCAGAAGAUGGGCUUCGGCACCAACAACAAGAUCUUCCUGGAGUUCCAAGAGCCCUUCUGGGAGCCGCAGACCGAGGCCAUCUACCUGCUGUGGGAGGACGAGAUGCACCUGGCGGACACGGUGCCCAACGUACACACACACUGGGUCCGCAAGCUCUUCGGCUUCACCGUGCUGAAGCCUACCGAGAGGUAUGGACAUGUUCUUUGUGGCUGGAUCGCUGGUCAUGAAUCUGAACAUAUGGAAUCACUCUCUGAGACAGAAGUUCUGAACACGGUCACACAAGUCCUGCGCAGGUUUACAGGUAUCCCUACGUUGAGUCCCAGUAGGAUGCUGCGCUCUCAGUGGUUCCAUGAUGAAUUCACCUGUGGCUCCUACUCUUACCUGGCUACCGGCUGCUCCGCUCGUGACACUCAACACCUGGCAGAACCACUGCCUACAGAACACACACAUUCCAGGCCCCUGCAGGUGCUGUUUGCUGGUGAGGCCACUCACGGCUCUUUCUCCUCCACCGUCCACGGAGCUCUGCAGACUGGCUGGAGAGAGGCGGAGAGACUCAUCACACACUACUCACACUCCUCCUCUUCAUCCCCCUCUCCUCUCUCCUCCAAACUCUAAUCCCUCUUCCCUCUGUCACACUCUCCCAGUCUUCUUCUCACCAGCUCUCUCCACUUCUCCAACCACUCCCUUAUCCUCUUUUCUUCACCUUUUGCAAUCAUCUCCCAUCUCCGUUUCUCUCUAUCUCUCCUUUUCCUUUUUCAUUCUCUUUCACUGCUCUUGCUGUCUCCAACCAGUAGGUGGCAGACUCUCCCUCUGCUGUGCCUCUCUGCUCCUGAGCUCCAAGAUCAAAACAGAGCCUUAGCCCUUAGCCAUGAUGCUCGCUGACCCUGUGUUUUGCCAAAGUCUGUUCGCAAAAGUCUGUUUGUGUAGAAUCUCCAGUUAUGUUUCAGCUGUUGUCCUAAAAGUCUGGAAGAUUGCACUAAAAAGAAAUGCACUAUCCUCUGCUUUGUACAAAUAAAUAAUAUUUGAUAUAAUAA